AUGACAUCUUCUAAGCCAUUCGUUCUAUUCUUUAACCCAGUGAGACAUGCUGGUAGCUUCUAUGCGAAGCUUCAGGAUGUUGCUCACACGGAAGUGGUUACAAGUAAGAGCAGGGAUGAAUUCUUCAGGGAUGUCCGAGACAAGUAUAAAAACAUUUUUGCUAUCUACCGAACUUCUGCUAGUGGCGCAGUCGCGGGCAAAUUUGAUAAGGAAUUCAUCGAUCAAUUGCCGCCAAGCUGCAAAUACAUCUGUCACAAUGGAGCUGGAUACGACCCGAUUGAUACGAAUGCAUGCACAGAAAAGGGAAUUAUUGUGACCAAUGCCCCCGAUCCUGUCACGGAUGCAACCGCCGAUCUAGCCAUUUUUCUUUUACUCGGCGCCUUGCGACAACUGAAUCCUUCGCUCUUAGCGCUCCGCGCGGGGAGUUUCAAGAGUGGUCUUGACUUCGGCCAUGACCCCCAGGGGAAAACUCUGGGUAUUCUUGGCAUGGGUCGAAUCGGCCGUGCCAUCAAAUCACGGUGUGAUCCCUUCGGCUUGAAAACAGUAUACCACAAUCGCAAUCCUCUUUCGGCUGAACGGGCCGCGGGAGCUGAGUAUGUGACUUUCGAGAAGCUUCUCCAGGAGAGUGACAUCAUUAGCGUCAAUGUGCCAUUGAACGCAAGCACCAAGUACUUGAUUGACGCAGCGGAAAUCGCCAGAAUGAAACCUGGCGUAGUUAUCAUCAACACUGCUCGUGGGCCUGUUAUUAACGAAGCCGCAAUGGCCGAUGCACUGGAACGCAAUCACAUCGGUGCUGUUGGCUUGGAUGUCUAUGAAAGAGAGCCAGAAAUUAAUGAGAAGCUCCUGAAACAACCACGCGCUCUCAUGGUCCCCCACAUGGGAACUCACACAACCGAGACACUAGCGAAGAUGGAGACAUGGGCGAUGGAGAAUGCAAGGCGAGCCAUUGCUGGGGAGCCACUCUUGUCUCCUGUUCCUGAGCACCAAGGUCAUUGCUAA